AGUUGAGCUAUAGUACCACUGGGAACACUAGCAUUGCUCUGGUCUGGAACACCGUUUUCCUGUGUUUGGUGGUUUUGGUCAUGAUGAGGUGAUAACAUGAGGAAUGAGCUGUGGUCACCUGAACUACUGGAGUCCUGUGUUUCUGUCAGUUGUGGCUGUUAGUAGCACAAUGGAUUAGAAAAAUCUCCAUUUCAUUUUUUAAAUCAAUACGUUAUGGCUGAUUCCUUCAUCAAGAAAGGUGAAAAGACCAAACAGCCAUCAUGUCUGAGAAAAAGAUGUCAUCGAGCCGCAAGCAUCAUCUGAAGAGUUUGAUGCUCCAGAUCGCCCAGGAACUGAUAGCGGAAGAGGAAGCCCAGUCUUUAGAGGACAGGAAGCAGUACAUGAGUGAAAAUAUCGCUCCCCUGCAGCUCACAGGAUCCAUUGCAGAACUCCAGGACCUGUGUAAGAAGAUGCACCAGAGGAUUGAUGUGAUAGAUGAGGAGAGAUAUGACCUGGGCAGCAAAGUUGGCAAAAGUGAUAAAGAGAUUGAGGAUCUGCAGAUAAAAGUACAGGACCUGAAGGGAAAGUUCAAGAAGCCCGUCCUGAAGAAAGUGCGUAUGUCUGCUGAAGCUAUGCUCCAGGCUCUGCUGGGCUCCAAACACAAGGUGUCCAUGGAUCUGAGGUCCAACCUGAAGCAGGUCAAGAAGGAGGUCAAGGAGGAGGACAAAGAAUCUGUGGGUGACUGGCGUAAGAACAUUGAAGACAAAUCAGACAGAAAGAAGAUGUUUGAGACUAAUAAGGAGUAGAUGUUCCAGACAGGAAGAUGUUUGAGAGCGCUUGAACAACCUUCUGCCUUUGGUUACUAAGUUAUCCAGAUACGACUCGUUUGUUCCUUUGUUUGUUUUCGUCUCUGGCUCAAUUAAUCUAAGAGGUAGUUCCAUCUCUCUGUAGGACUGUUGUGACAGAUGUUAAUGAAUUGUUAUGUUAUCUAAGAGGUAGUUCCAUCUCUCUGUAGGACUGUUGUGACAGAUGUUAAUGAAUUGUUAUGGUAUCUAAGAGGUAGUUCCAUCUCUCUGUAGGACUGUUGUGACAGAUGUUAAUGAAUUGUUAUGGUAUCUAAGAGGUAGUUCCAUCUCUCUGUAGGACUGUUGUGACAGAUGUUAAUGAAUUGUUAUGGUAUCUAAGAGGUAGUUCCAUCUCUCUGGGACUGUUGUGACAGAUGUUAAUGAGUUUAAUCAAAACAACCUGUAGUACUGUUUACUACUUUAUUCCUUUGUUCCAAUUCAAUUUCUGAAAAUAAAUGAUUUGGUGAAAAAAAACAUGA